CAACAGGUUCAGCCUCUUCCUGGUCCUCGCAAUUUCCCAGCCUUUGGGUACUGCGACUCCUACUUCGUCGAGAAUCACGACGACGAUGAGGGCAUUUACGCUAGAGCAGCAGCCGAGCGGGAGCGUUCACGUAACGUUGCUAAGCUGAGGCAGAAAGCUUUAGGCGAGGAGAUCUCGCGAGUCACCGCCGAGGAGUACCAAGAAGACAUUCUCGACCACAUGGAGCACAUGGAGGCCGAAACAAUGCCUGACCUUCAGUCAAUCGAGAUCCAAACCGAGAUCCAGUGGUUCAUGCGACCUUACCUGUUGGACUUCCUCCUCGAAGCCCACCAUGCCUUCCAGCUCCUACCAGAGACGCUCCAUCUCGCCGUCAACCUUCUCGAUCGAUACUGCUCCAGACGGGUGGUGUAUAAGCGACACUAUCAGCUCGUUGGCUGUGCAGCCCUCCUCAUAGCAGCAAAGUACGGUGACCGAAAGGAACGCGUCCCAACCAUCCGCGAACUCAAGUCCAUGUGUUGUUCACUCUACGAAGACGACAUGUUUACCCAGAUGGAGUGGCAUGUUCUUCAAACUCUCAACUGGGUCAUUGGCCAUCCUACGGUAACCAGCUUCUUGCAAUUAGCUUUGACGGAAGUCGCCUUUGACCCGGAGCUCGAGCACAUGUCGUGGUACAUUUCUGAGCUUGCGCUCUACCACAAGGAAUUCAUCUCGGUGCGCCCGUCGGUCAUGGCACGCUCAUGCCUCGCCUUGUCCCGAUGCAUUCUUGGACGUCAACAGCCGCGCUACGACGAUUGGUCGGCACGAUACGAUCCUCAGGUUGUGUUGAAUCUCUCAAACCAUCUCGCCCAUCCUUCGCAAGCUUUGUUGCGAAAGUAUGCAUCGCCGCACCUAUCAUCGGUGUCCACGACCAUCGACAUGUUCUUGAAGCACCAAGCAAUGUUGGCUCAGCGUGUCGUACAAACUCCCGUCAACGACCUUCCGCUGAUGGAAGUUGAUACACAGCCCCCAGCCAACACGUACCUCACACCGCAAACUCCUCAAAAGCCUACAUACGUACCAAGUGGUAACCUCGGCAUGCUCACCCCUCCCAUCACGCCCGACAAGGACCAGCUGGUAGCAAACAACUUCAGCACUACCCAAGGUGUGUUGCCACGCGUCGCUCAAUGCACGCCGACCCCACCGCCUAGUAACGACUAUGGGCCCCAGCAUCACAUGAGCUACCCAGUUCCUCAGUCAUAUGGUGGCCAUCCGAACUUCAACCCUUGAGAGAUCGUACAGCUCUGCACUGUACCUACCUCGCCGUCUGGCUAGACCGAUCAUCAAUCGUCCGGUCAGCAGCAAGUCCAAAGACAUCAUGGCGCUGCCAACAGUGCCAACAAAGCGUCCUUGGGCCUGCUCCUCCAAGCACGGUCAUUUCACACCCGGCUUGUCGAGGACCGUACGAGUCGCCUUCGGGCGUAUUGUAACAACACUGUACGACGUGAUAGCAUUCAGCACAGCAUUGCAAGCGAGCGAGCGUUGCAUUAGAGGCAUUUUUUUUUCAUUUGUGUGUACUAGCUCAGCCGCAUACAGGCGGGCCGGCCGGCAUGUGUAUGGGUAUGGCGAGGACGGCACCUCGAAAAAAUUGAUUUGACCCGGAACAAGACUGCGAGGAUUAGGAAAGGAUCGGAAGGAAAGAAGAAAGAAGAAAGAAGAAAGGAGAAAGAAACUGGUCGUUCGCACAGACCAAGAUGGGAAUGUGUUUUGCUUAUCAUCACAGAAGCGUUGCUACCUCUGUCAUGUUUUUUUUGAGCUGCAGCGACAGAUACCCCCUGUUUAUAAAUAACAACUGUUGCCAUGUUCACAACCG